UGUGACAAGUCAGCAGUGUGUUUGCAUGUACAUCAUGGAUGUUCUUUUGCCAUCCAUGCUAGAGGACGACCCACACCUGAUGGCUGAGCCGGCGAUCCGGAUCUUUGAGCAGCCCAGACCGAGAGGAAUGCGCUUCCGUUACAAGUGUGAGGGUCGCUCGGCUGGUAGCAUCCCUGGCGAGAAUAGCACGGACAGCAACAGGACCUACCCCAGUCUGCAGAUUCUGAAUUACUGCGGCAAAGGCAGAGUGUGUGUUUAUUUGGUGACCAAGAAUGAGCCUUACAGGCCACAUCCUCAUGAUCUGGUUGGCAAAGACUGCAAAGACGGCUACUACGAGGCUGAGUUUGGACCCGAUCGCAAAGUUAUCGCUUUUCAGAAUCUGGGUAUUCGGUGUGUGAAGAAGCGGGAGGUCAAAGAGGCCAUUUUACAAAGGAUUAGCAGAGGAAUCAACCCCUUCAAUGUGCCGCAAGAGCAGCUGCUGCAGACGGAAGACUAUGACUUGAACGUGGUUCGCCUGUGUAUACAGGUUUUCCUGCAGGAUGACACAAGCCCCUACACUCGAGUACUCAAACCUGUAGUCAGCAACCCCAUCUUUGACAACAGGGCACCAAACACCGCAGAGCUGAGGAUCUGUCGGGUCAACAGCAACAGUGGUUCUGUUAAGGGAGGAGAUGAGAUCUUCCUGCUCUGUGAUAAAGUGCAAAAAGAUGACAUAGAAGUCCAUUUUUUCUGUGAUGGCUGGGAGGCCAAAGGCUCAUUCUCGCAAGCCGACGUUCAUCGCCAGGUGGCCAUCGUCUUUAAGACGCCGCCUUUCUACAACACCUCUAUAACAGAGUCAGUCACUGUACACAUGCAGCUACGACGACCCUCCGAUCUGGAAGUCAGCGAGCCCUUGGACUUCCGAUAUCUUCCAGAUGACAAAGAUCCUUACGGCUACAAUAAGAAAAAACGCAGUAGAGAGAACUUAAUCAAAAUGUCAGGGUUGUCAGCGGUUCCGUUUUCUGGCUUGGUGGCGAACAGGCAAAGGGCAGUGCCACUGAAUACCAGGAAACACAUGCCAGACCUUAACAUGUACCCCAAGCAGAUGCCAUCUACAAUGCAGCAACCGCUGUUCCACCAACCCUACCAUGCAAAUGUUCCAGUCAGCCAUUCCUGGACAAACCCUAACCCAGUACUCCCAAUGGAUACAGUCCCCAUCAAUCCUUCCAAUGUCAUGAGCAAUUUGUCCCAGCCUAAAAGCAGUCAGCUACAGCAUCAAAACCACGGUUCAACUUUCUUCGGUGAAAACAAUGUCCUCCCGCAGCUCUCUAUGAGGGACCUGCAGUGCUUGGACUCGGUUCCUCAAGUUCCCUUGAUGAACCAACCUGAGUCCCACCAGCACUUCUCAUCGCAGCACCAAGGGAUGGGCUCAGUCUUCAAUAACCGAGUCCAAAACUAUCCCGAGAUGCAAAACCAGAGCUUUCAAAAUACGUGCAACAAUUUUCCCACCCACAAUCCAAUUCAGAACACAUUCUGCACUGUUUCUGGGGCUGAAAAGGGCACUCAUGUACUUGGAUCUUUCCCACUUUUGGCAGGGAUGGAAAUAAAUGAAUUUCAGAAAGGCCAAGUCGGAAGAGAAACUCUGUUCCAACUAAAGCAAGAACCGCCGAUCUCAGUCAAACAAGAGCCAAGCGCGUCUGCCAUCGCCUUCCCUGGAGAGCCCCAGGCAAACACGUACACCAACCUUCUCCCUCGUCCAUCGAGCAACGGCACUAACAUGAACGUUUUCAGGCAAGACGGCAGAAAAAAAGCCCAGCUCGCUCAGCCAAAUCUGAAAGACUCUUACUCUACAAACAACUGGACUUCUGAGAGUCACUUCCCAACUUUGGAUGACUGGUUAAGAGCUGACACAAUUGCACAACACAAUGACUACAAGGAAUGACAAUUAAAAGGAGAUGCUCAGCUCUGAAGAAUUCUUAACAAAAACUCAAACUGAUACUUGUCCUAGGAUGCUUGCGGAGUACUUUUGCUUUGGCACGACGUGUGUAUUGGAUAACAGGAGUGAGAGAACAAUUUAAUUGGCAGUUCCACGCCCUUAACCAGAGCAAUGAAUGAUUUCAAUUCCUUUCAUUCCACAUUGCAUUAAGUGCAAAUUGUGCCAGUAAAUUUGAAUUUUGGGAGAAACGGUGGGGGAUUUUGACGUUAUCGUGUUCUUAUUAUUACUUUUGCUUUAAUCGGAACGUCACGCAUUGCUGAUUUGCAUAUACCGUAUUUUUCGGACUAUAAGUCGCACCUGAGUAUAAGUCGCACCAGCCAUAAAAAGCCCAAUGAAGAGGAAAAUAACAUAUAUCGUAUUGGCCCGAAUAUAAGACGGCCCUGAUGAUAAGACGACCCCCUCUUUUUCAAGACUCAAGUUUGAAAAAAAGACUUUUUGAACACCAAAUUAUUUUUUUAUACAGAAAAUAAUUACAGUACAUCUGAAACAAAUGAUUAAAACUAUAUAUUUGAGAGAAAAUGCAUGUUAUUUUGCCUCAUUCAAAUCUUAAUAUCUGAACAUUUAAAUAUGUAAACUAAAGUGCAAUCACAUACGUAAAUGAAUGGUUUCUGGUUUUUGAAGUGUAAAUAAACCAAUCUAUUGUGAUAAAACAACAACAUUGCAAUAACCAUCAAAGUGAGGUCUAAUAAGAAACAAAUCUGAAUAUGGAAAAACAUUGCAAUAAAAUAAUGCAAGCUGGUUAAACUUGAGAGUAGCUGAGAUCUGUCAUGACAGAACAUCGCUUCAAUGAUAUCUAGCGUCGUGAAUGGGUAUAAUGUCUAGAACGCGAAUAUAAGACGACCCCCACUUUUUCAGUUGUAUUUCAAUGCAAAAAAAAAAACACUCUUAUAUUCGGGCCAAUACGGUAUACAGUGGGGCAAAUGAGUAUUUAGUCAACCACUUGUGCAAGUUCUCCCACUUGAAAAUAUUAGAGAGGCCUGUAAUUGUCAACAUGGGUAAACUUCAACCAUGAGAGACAGAAGAAAAAAAACUGAAAAUCACAUUGUUUGAUUUUUAAAGAAUUUAUUUGCAAAUCAUGUUGGAAAAUAAGUAUUUGGUCAAUACCAAAAGUUCAUCUCAAUACUUUGUUACAUACCCUUUGUUGGCAAUAACGGAGGCCAAACAUUUUCUGUAACUCUUCACAAGCUUUUCACACACUGUUGCUGGUAUUUUGGCCCAUUCCUCCAUGCAGAUCUCCUUUUGGGCCUUGUUCUGGGGCUGUCGUUGGGCAACACGGACUUUCAACUCCCUCCACAGAUUUUCUAUGGGGUUGAGAUCUGGAGACUGGCUAGGCCACUCCAGGACCAUGAAAUGCUUCUUACGAAGCCACUCCUUUGUUGCCCUGGCUGUGUGUUUGGGAUCAUUGUCAUGCUGAAAGACCCAGCCACGUCUCAUCAUCAAUGCCCUUGCUGAUGGAAGGAGAUUUUCACUCAAAACCUUUCGAUACAUGGCCCCAUUCAUUCUUCCAUUACACAGAUCAGUCAUCCUGGUCCCUUUGCAGAAAAACAGCCCCAAAGCAUGAUGUUUCCAACCCCAUGCUUCACAGUGGGUAUGGUGUUCUCUGGAUGCAAUUCAGUGUUCUUUCUCCUCCAAACACGAGAACCUGUGUUUCUACCAAAAAGUUCACUUUUGGUUUCAUCUGACCAUAACACAUUCUCCCAGUCCUCUUCUGGAUCAUCCAAAUGCUCUCUAGUGAACCGCAGACGGGCCUGGACGUGUACUGGCUUCAGCAGGGGGACACGUCUGGCAGUGCAGGAUUUGAGUCCCUGGCGGCACAUUGUGUUACUUAUAGUAGCCUUUGGUACUGUGGUCCCAGGUCUCUGUAGGUCAUUCACUAGGUCCCACCGUGUGGUUCUGGGAUUUUUGCUCACCGUUCUUGUUACCAUUUUGACGUCACGGGGUGAGAUCUUGCAUGGAGCCCCAGAUCGAGGGAGAUUAUCAGUGGUCUUGUAUGUCUUCCAUUUUCUAAUAAUUGCUCCCACAGUUGAUUUCUUUACACCAAUCGUUUUACCUAUUGCAGAUUCAGUCUUCCCAGCCUGGUGCAGGUCUACAAUUUUGUCUCUGGUGUCCUUCGACAGCUCUUUGGUCUUGGCCAUAGUGGAGUUUGGAGUGUGACUGACUGAGAUUGUGGACAGGUGUCUUUUAUCCCGAUAAUGAGUUAAAACAGGUGCCAUUAAUACAGGUAACGAGUGGAGCCUCGUUAGACCUCGUUAGAAGAAGUUAGACCAGAAAUCUUGAUUGUUUGUAGGUGACCAAAUACUUAUUUUCCACUGUAAUUUGGAAAUAAAUUAUUUAAAAAUCAAACAAUGUGAUUUUCUGUUUUUUUUUUUCACAUUCUGUCUCUAACGGUUGAGGUUUACCCAUGUUGACAAUUACAGGCCUCUCUAAUCCUUUCAAGUAGCAGAACUUGCACAAUUGGUGGCUGACUUAAUAUUUAUUUUCCCCACUGUGUGUGCGCAAAUAGUUUAACAGUUCUAUACUUUAGUUAUGUGUAAAUAAAUUGUUACUUUGCGAUCAAAAGCUCUAUUUGUCUUGUUGUUUAUGUUAUAUUGUAAAAGGAACCACAAUUGGUAGUUGAUUAAAUACUUAUUUGCCCCACUGUAAGUCGCACCAGAGUAUAAGUCACAUUUUUGGGGUAAAUUUACCUGAUAAAAUCCAGCACAUAGAACAGAUAUUUCAUCUUGAAAGGCAAUUUAAAAUAAAAAUACAAUAUAGAACAACAUGCUGAAUAAGUGUACAGUAUUAUAAUGUUACAUGAUGCAUGAACAACCAAAUGCGAACGUGGCCGGUAUGUUAAUGUAACAUAGCUAUUAAGCGUUAUUCAGAUAACUAUAGCAUAAAGAACAUGCUAAAAAACCAUCAGUGUCACCCCAAAAUACCAAAAUAACAUGUGAAAUGAUAUAAUAAUGUGUUAAUAAUUUCACACAUAAGUCACUCCUGAGUAUAAGUCGCACCCCCAGCCAAACUAUGAAAAAAAAACUGCGACUUACAGUCCGAAAAAUAUGGUAGAUUUUUGUCCAUUUGUAUCUUUCAAACAACAUUUUUUUUGUCAAUUUAGCCCAAUUCAGUGCUUGCUGAAAGGCUCAUGAAUUGACAAGGUACGAAAAAUUUCCUAGAAGGAAGUUGAAGGAAGCACAGAGUUGUGAUUUUCCUUAGUAAUGACUAUGUCACACCAGUGAUCACUUGUGUUGUGUUCUCAGAGGUUCUUCUCGGAGAGGCAAACAGAUGUUUGACUGAUAGAAAUGUGAGUAUUAUGUUGUUGGUUUCUUCAUCUGACUCAGGCGUUUUAGUUUUUUUUUUAUAUAUACUGUAUAUAGUACACAUGACUAAUUAAGGACAAACACUUGCUCUUGCUUCUCCGGUUUUCUACAUGUGCGCCUUUAAGAAUUGUUGACUAGGAUAUUUGUGGGGGUUGUUUUGCUGCAGGAUCCGAUUUUAAUAAACAAUGUCACUCAUUGCUUUUUUUCAGUGUUAAUGGGUAGUUAACUGAUGAAUGUGUCAGAUUCUUCCACUUAAUAUAAGGAUAUAUUACUAUUUUUUCGUAUUGAACCCAUACAUCUGAAAGUCGGUCAUUUUUCACAUAAAUCAAGAAAAAAUUUCUUUCAAAUAAUGUUUUGAACAAUAUUCUUGUAUUAAAAACAUUUCUACCAAACAAGUUUUUCUUUUAAGAUGAAAUAUACAA